AGGCUCCCACAGUCUGAAACACCUCUCUUCAAAAUGAAGACUAAGGAACUCACAUUAAGGCAAGAAUUAAGACAAGAUGAGUCAUCGUAUCAAUGAUGUUAUGAAGCUGUGCUGCGAGUUAUCUGCCAAUCAGCAGAUAAAGUCCACAGUGAAAGGUUCAGGGAAAGGAGCAGCAGCAGCUGGCGGACUUGCUUUUGCUGGAGGCUUGAUUGGGGGUCCUCUUGGUAUUGCAGUGGGUGGUGCAGUGGGAGGCCUCCUUGGCUGCUGGAUGACCAGUGGACAGUUCAAACCUCUGCCUCAGAUCAUAAUGGAGCUCAGCCCUCCGCAGCAGCAGAAGCUUUAUGAUGAUCUCAUGGGCAUCCUGGGAGACAUUCAGUGGACUGACUUGGCUCAGCUAACUGCUCUGGUGAUGGGCAAUGCCAUGCUGAAGCAGCAGGUUACAGCUGCUCUCAUUGGGUAUGUCACCAAGGAGCUCCAGGCAGAGGUGCACUACAUGGAUUAGUGUUACCUGAAUAACUUGACUUGAGAUUUACGCACUCCUUGGGAUGGAAUUGUGGACAACAAAAACUAAAUAGUUUUUACGAAACAGGAGAUACUGCAAUCGCUGCAUUAUGAAAACAUUUCAAUCUUAAUUCUAAUAACGGGUGACAAUAGUGAAAAAUCACCUUGGUACU